AGUUGAUUGUCCGACAGCACAGUUGGAUAUUGUAGCUAUGGUUCGCAAAAUAUUAAUUUGUCUUCUAUUUAUUUACGGAGUGAACUGCACAUGCACAAGAGUAGCGCUGACGUGUCAGCAAAUAAAGCAUUUCGUGGAUGGACACAACCUGCAUCGGCAGGACGCGGCGUUUGGACACAUUCCCCGUCAGCCCGCUGCUGCAAAUAUGAACGCUUUGGUUUGGGACGAGGAGCUCGCGGAGAAGGCCGCGCGAUGGGCCGAGAAUGGAUUGUUCGCGCACAACCCCGACAGGACAGUGCCUUCCAAAAGGUGGGAACAAAUUGGAGAAAAUGUUUUCUAUUCGACCAUCUACUCGCCGGUGGGGUCGGUGGUGCCGAACCUUGCCGAGGCUAUGAAUGGCUGGUUCAGCGAGUUCAUGAACUAUAACUUCGAGCCGUAUUCGUUGGAAAUCGCUCAGGCAGUUGGACACUACACACAGAUGGUGUGGGCCGAAUCAACAAAAAUUGGUUGUGGUAUUUCUCAAAAAAGAGAAAACGGAUUUGUGACCACGCUUUUUGUAUGUGAUUAUGGUCCAACUGGAAACUUUAUCGGAGAGACUCCGUAUAAAGCAAGCCCGACGAGAGGAUAUUUGCAUUGCGGCAACGAGGACUGUAAAAGGCAAUAUGGAGCUUACUGUUGAUUAUUUAUUUUUGUUAAUUAUGUUGCCAUAAUUAAAAACUUACGGCUUAUGAAACCGCCCUAGUUGAGCAAUCAUUUAUACCGUUGUUUACAAGUUUGUCUAGUAAUUAACUGCUUCGAUGUUCAGUAAUUGCGUUGUCUAUUUGUUUUGCUGUCAAACUGUUGGCAGUGUUUAAUGUGUGAAUUGUGAAACUGUAUACAUAAAUUAAAGGUUUAUUCAGAA